ACCUCAGCGACGGCCCACGCAGGGCCCUGCAGGGUCGGGGUUUUGUGGGCGGUUUGUUUCGCCCACCCCAGCACCGGUCCGCGCAGCUCCCAAUCCCUACUUCGGCUGUGGCCAGGCACGGAGCAUUGUCACCCCCUGUAGUGCUCCCAAGGACACUGGGAAUCCGUGCAGGAAAAUUUCUCACGAGGAGCUUCCCCUUGCUGAAAAUUGGGUGUCAGAGGACAGCCUGGCAGGUCAAGAAUCAUUUUUCAACAGUAAGGAAAAACAGCAGUAGAAUGGGAGGACAAGCAGAAUUUUACACGCAGCCUGAUGGAGAACUGGCUUACAUCCAACCCUGAACGACGGCACGUGUUAGGAGCUGCCCUUCCCAGAACUCUGUUCUCUAUGUCCUUCCCCAGUCGGGAGCUGAGAUCUGUGGGAACUUCCUGAGCAGAGUUGGCUGAAAUGAAGUUCUAAGACUGGAGAGUUCACACCGCCGGCAAGGCAAGCGGGGGGAAAGAUACAAGUGGUACGGUGGAGAUCACGGACCGAGGAGCUAUAUAUUCGUGGCCUUGUUGGAAAGGUUCAUUUUGCACUGGAGCAAUCAAAGAGAGUAACGGAGUUACUUGCAGCACCCGCAGCCGCCGGCACGAGCCUCCCCACAGCUGCGUUGCACGCGACGCCUGCACCUGCCGCGGCCAGUCCGGGGCGCCCUUCAGCACCGCUCCUCGCCACGCGGCCGCCCGGCUGAGCACGAGAGCGCCCGGUACCUCCUCGCAGCCUCCCUCCUGCCCGCGGGGCCGGGCCGUUGCUGCGGGCCGCGGCCGCCAGGGGCCGCCGGCGGAAGGCUCCGGUGCUCGCAGUGCCGCGGAAGCGCCGGGGCCGCCGCUCGGCGCGGGUGAGCCGCCUACGGGGAUUGCGCAGCGGCGCCGGAGGAGCGGUGGGACGUGCGGCGGCGAGGCACGUGCGGAGCUCCGCCGGCAAAACCGGCGCCCUCCGGAGCGGCGGUAACCGGGAGCGCUGCGCGCACGGCGGCUGCGACCACCCGUCCCUGGCGGCGGCCCCCGGCGCAGGAGCGGUCAGGAGAGGAGCCAUGACCUCUAAGGAUGUUUCAGGCAAAGCUAAUAGUAACUGGAGAUGACUUUGGCUACUGCCCUCGGAGAAACCAAGGCAUCGUGGAGUGUUUCCUAGCUGGAGCUGUAUCUAACGUGUCCCUUCUGGUCAAUGGAAGUGCUGCAGCAGAUGCAGCCAAGCUGGCAAGGAGAUACAACAUUCCCAUAGGACUGCACGCCAACCUCUCUGAGGGCUCCCCUGUAAGUGAGGUGCUCAAGACAAACUCUUCUCUGCUCAGUGAAGCUGGAUUUUUCCAUGGGAAAAUGGGAUUCAGAACAGCUCUAUCGAAAGGCCUCCUAAAUAUGUCAGAGGUGAAGCAGGAGCUAAAGGCCCAGGUGGAUCUGUUCCAUGAGCUAACAGGCCACCUACCUCCUCACAUGGAUGGACACCAGCACGUUCACGUUCUCCCAAAGGUCAGGCAUGUAUUUGCAGAGGUGUUAGAGGAAUAUGGGAUUGAAUACACUCGUGUCCCAGUAGAGCCAGGCCUUCAUAACUGUGACUGGAUUGAGCCAUCCAUGAUGGACUUCUAUGUGGGAGUAGAAAAAGAUUCUCUGAACACAGUGGAUGUGUUUACAAAGCAUGGAAUAAGGUGGCCAGACAUUUACAUAGGUUUGAGUACCAUGGGCAAGAACAUGUCUGUGAGUGCCAUCCAGAAUGCCAUUGACACCGCCAUCGUGGACUUCACAUCCAAGGUGCCUGCACACCCAGUGCCACAGCACAGGACAGUAACAAUUGAACUGAUGGUGCACCCAGGGUACCCAAGCGUCCCUCCCAUUGGUGGCUGUGGGGAAGGACCAGAUGAUUUCUCACAGUCCUGGGAGCGCCUGCAUGAACUCCAGACAUUAAUCAAGCCGGAGCUGCAGAGCCAUUACAAAACAAGGAACAUUCAGCUUUGUUCAUUCAAAGAUCUUUAAAUAUACAUAUAUACAUACCUAUGUUUGUACUUCAAGGAUACACAGUUGCUAAUGUCCCCAUAAGCCAGACCAUCAUUGCCAGCCUUUGUAAUACCUCCCAGCACAGCUGACAGGAGCUGUUGAUGGCCUGGAAGUUGCAUGAAGCCUUUUGUGAAAGGUGAAGCAGUUUGUGAGCAGUGACAGGCAAGCACCCAGGGGUACAUGUCCUGGUACUUCAGAACGUUGCCCUGUGAGUGCAGUCAUAUUCCAUGAGCCCUCAGCUAGCACUGCUUAAGACUCUUCCUAUUUUUGUUGCCUCAGUAUUGAGCCUUCACAGGGAAAGGAAUGUCAAUGAUAGCUCUUCCAUACAUGUAGUUUGGCUUCGUUGUUUUUUCUUCCUGGAUGACUUUGCAAGAACAGGAACUGUUGUCCCAUCUAUUUCAGCAACUGCUGCAUAGAAGAGCUCACCAGCAGUUGCCCACUGCCUUCCAUGAGAAGCGCAUGAUAUGGUCGGAUCAGCUAUCAGCAAGUUCUCAAGGGGAGAAAGUCCUUGUCCUGUUUGUUUAUUUUAAUUCCAAUCAUGACAGCAUCUGAACUUCAACAAGCCCUGUACAUACUGGUGCAUUUAACUGCAUUUUAAGAUGUAGACCUGUCACUGACUCGUGACAUGGAUGUAGGAUAUAUAUAUUUUUUAAGAUGUUGAUGCUCAUUUUCUGUGCAAGAGCUAUCUACCUAACAUCGUUGUAAAGCAUUUUUUAAAUACGAAAAAAAACCAGUAUCACCAUCUUUUCUAAGCAAAAAAAUAGUCAGGUCUUUUUCUUUUGUAAUGCUCCAAGAGCCCUGUCAGUGUGAGCAGAAAGCACUCAGCUGUCUGCUCCAAGCGCGAGGCUCUGCAGUGCUGGAAGGGCAUCCUCGUGCAUUGGUCACAGAGCUGUGUGAUCCAUCAUUCCUGUGCACCUGAGGCAAUGUUUGUGCUGUACAAACACAAAAAAUCAACAAGGACACUUGGUAAAAUAUUUUCUCAGGCUCUUUCCUAAUUAUUGUAACAAAGCUGAUUUGAUACGGGACAAUUUUUGUUUAUCUUUCCACACUGUGCUCGCUGUGCAGAACAGCGGAGUCCUCACAGGAGCAGUGUGAGGAGCGCCUUCAGUGCUGCAUUUUGCCUCACCGCUGUCUGAGGGCGGAGUUUACGCGGUUUGGAACAAUAAAACCCGGAAGAGACAGCAGACCUCCGAGCUGCAGAAGGUGACUGAAGUGCCAGAGCGUGGUUAGACACGAGUGCCAUCUACUGCCCUUAGACAUGCAGCAAAGCUGAUGCACCAAUAGUACAGCUCAGCUUUUUCUGCAGUGCGACCAUGAUACGAUGGAUAUUUUUAAACCUUAGUUUGAACUUUUGAACUGCAAAAUAAUUGCUGACUUUGCUCUGUUCACAACUGUUAAGAUGUAACAUAGCUCAGCUUGUGUGAUUCUCUUCUAGCUGAACAUGGAAAUGGACACAACAGUCUACCUGAGCAGACGUUGUUAACACGACGUUUUAUAAAUACCUCAUUUUCAGAUGAACACAACUGAAACCCAGUUUUUAAAUUGAGUUCUAUCUGUGAAAAUGAAUGCAGAGCUACUGAAAGACUGCUAAAUAAGGAACCUUUCCCUUACAUAGAAUGCACAGAGAAGAGAGGAACAAGUUUCUCAGGGGCUCUAUGAAAGCUUCACAUUCACCACAGUGUUGUAAUUAGAAGUGCAACAAGACUGCUGUGAUAAACAACACUGUACAGAGAUACCCAAAGUUCAAAAAUGGAAUCUCUUUGAAAAUAAAACCAUGCCACAAUA